AUGGGUCGGGAUAAAAUCGAAGAAAAAUUCGACCCAGUUUGGGAACUUUUGCUCAAUCGCUACCAGGUGGCGGCAUCCUCGGAAAGCCAGGGCACGCAAUUGAAAGCUUCGAUCGAGUUGACCCGUUACUCUGAUCAUGCGCCGGAGCAUAUCCUGGCUCGGGCGAUACCAACUUUGGCCGGACUUCUUCUCAGUAACAAUGGCUCGACCGAUUCAGUGAAGGAAGCCGCCGUGUAUUGCUUAAAGCGCAUCGCUUUUCGAGGUGAAGGUUUCUUGGCUAGAGAGAUUGGUAAUUCUGGCGCUAUCCCUUUUCUGUUGAGGUUGUUGCCUCUUUCCAAUGAUGGGUUUCAAAGGGUUGUGAUUAAGUGUGUGUGGUGCCUCGUGAAUUCCGCGGACGAAAAUCGUGUUACUGUGGCUAGAAAUGGUGGGUUGGAGAUCAUUUUGGGUAUGCUGAAUUCUUGUGUAGAAGAUAGUGGAAACAAGAAGUGGGUCUAUCUGCUGGAGAUUUUUAGUGCGUUGGUAUUGUUGAAAGAAGUCAGAAAGAGGCUUUCCGAGUUGAAUGGGAUUAGGUUCCUCAUUGAAUCGGCUAAGUGUGGUAGGAUGAAAUCCAGGGAGAGAGCUUGUCAGGCCAUUGGAUUGCUUGGUCGCUCGAGGCGUGCUCGGUGUAUACUUGUCGAUCUAGGAGCAAUUCCUGUAGUCAUUGAGUUGUUUAGGGAUGGGAAUGGUAAAACGAAAGUUACUGCUGGCAAUUCUCUUGGCAUCAUAUCAUCACACAUUAAUUUCAUUAGGAAGGCAGCUGAGGCUGGGGCGAUACCACUGUAUGCUGACCUGAUUCAGGGACCUGACCCUAUUGGUAAAGAGAUUGCAGAGGAUGCAUUAUGCAUAUUAGCCAUUGCCGAGGAGAAUGCGGUCGCCAUUGCUGAUCAGUUGGCCAGGAUCUUGAGAGAAGGUGACGACGAAUCGAAGGUUGCUGCCUCUUAUGUCUUCUGCAAUCUCGGCACUUAUGAACCCUCUGCUUCGAUUGUUAGAAACUCUGGUGCAAUUUCUAUUCUGGUUGGCCUUUUAAGACAUGGAAAUCUGGAUGUUAAAGGGAGUGCCUCCGGGGUGAUUUGUCAGCUUAGUUAUGAUCGGGCCAAUCGAGAAGCACUGCUCGAGGCUGGUGCGGUUCCAAUUCUCAUUGGGUUGCUGGGAGAUCAUUCGGAGGACGUGAACCUGAGAGAUAAUGUUGCAGAGGCACUUGUAAACUUUUCUCAAGAUAUGGAGCAAGGUGACUUGGUAGCUGAGGUGGUUAAUGGUCCUUCAUUCGAGAAUGCACAUACUAGAGUUGGAAGACUCCGGUCCUCUGAUGAGCAAACGGUUAGCUCUUUGAGACAUCUUAGUGUUGAGCAGCUCAGUUAUAACCCUGAACUUGUAUAG